AUGCUCCGCAACCUCGCUCGCCCUGCCCUCCGCGCCACCCAGCGCCGUUGCGCCUCUACCACCUCGGUCGGCUCCGAGGUCCCUCUCACCAACUUGGAGUUGCGCUGGAAGACCUUGUCUGUCCAGGAGCAGGGUUCUCUUGCCAAGCAACUCGAGAAGGCCCAGGCUGGUGAAUGGUCCAAGAUGACCGCUGACCAGAAGAAGGCUGCCUACUGGGUUGCUUUCGGCCCCCACGGUGCCCGCACCCCCCUCACCGGACCCGGCCACUCUGUCAAGGUCGUUGCCGGUGCCACUGCCGUUGUUGCUGCCAGUGGUGCUCUCUUCCUCUGGAUGCGCGCCAAGGGUGGCGAGAGACCCGCCACCUUGACCAAGGAGUGGCAGGAGGCCUCGAACGAGUAUGCCCGUGCCAACAAGAUCAACCCCAUCUCUGGAAUCUCCUCCGAGGGCUACAAGGGUACCGGUUUCGUCUCCAUCUCCAAGAACUAA